CGUCCCGGUCGAAUCCGCCACGUCGGCAUCGGCGACGCGAGGGCGACGUACCGGCCGCUGCCAACCCGCUCCUGUCCCGCCCCGGCCACAUCCCGGCGACGCCCCCCUCCAUCUCCAUGUACUCCUCCGUCCUCUCUCCCUCCCUCCCCUCCCCCACCGUCGCCGCUAUAAAUACCUCCCUCUUCCUCUCUCCCUCGCACCUCCGAAGCCGACCAAAGCCGAACCUAGCCAUUGCAUUCGCACAUAAUACUGGCAUACAUACGCGCGCCAUUACCAUUGCGCCGCGCUCUUCCGAAAUCCCGUCCGCCUCGUCUCCUUCCGGUGUCUCCCAUUCGCAAGGGAUCACUGUAGAAGGUCCCUGUUCUGAAUGCGCGAUCAAUUUGUCGGUGCUGCAGGCGCGAUCGGUUCGUUGAUGGUCAUCUAAUUCAGGAGAUUGUUUCGCCGAACACGGGAAGGGAGGAGCCGCCGAAGAACACGCGGACGCGUUUCAGGUAGCGAAACGCCAAGAUGGUUAAUUUCGGGAAGGUACUGGCGUCGGAUCAAUUGGAAGAGUGGAAAGAAUACUAUAUUAAUUACAAAAUGAUGAAGAAAAAGGUAAAACAGUAUGUUCAGCAGACUCAAGAUGGUGGAAGAAAUCAUGAACAGGUUCUUAAGGAGUUCUCAAGGAUGCUUGACGAACAGAUUGAAAAGGUUGUGCUCUUUCUACUGACACAGCAAGGUCAUCUUGCUAGCAGGCUCGAGAAAUUGGGACAACAGCGUGCCAUACUCACGGAACAUUCCGAUAUAUCACAAGUUUCUCAAGUGCGAGAGGCGUAUAGGCAAGUUGGGCUUGAUCUUGUGAAGCUCCUUAGAUUUGUUGAUAUGAAUGCUACUGGGAUCCGGAAGAUUCUUAAGAAGUUCGAUAAGCGCUUCGGCUAUCGGUUUACAGAUUAUUACGUCUCGACUCGUGCAAACCAUCCUUAUUCUCAGCUUCAGCCGAUCUUCAAGCAAGUGGGUAUCGUAGCUGUUGCUGGUGCUUUGACACGUAACCUUGCAUCUCUGCAAGAUCACCAAGGAAGCUUUAUAUCCAUCUAUGAUCACCCAUCAAUCACCUUGAAGGACCCUGUCAUCGAACAAAUAAAUAAUUCAGUACAGAAACUCACGCACAGCACAACCUUCCUUACAUUCCUAGGACAACACGCAAUGAUCAUUCCAGAAGACGUGCAAACUAGCUCGGAAGAUCUCGUCGAUGACCAGAGCUACCAUUUCAUGUCGCUGAUGCUCAACCUAGUGAACACAUUCCUCUACAUGGUGAACACAUACAUCAUCGUGCCGACUGCAGAUGACUAUUCGGUGAGCCUUGGUGCCGCAGCGACUGUUUGCGGUGUGAUUAUCGGGUCGAUGGCAGUUGCCCAAGUGUUCUCUUCGGUAUAUUUCAGUGCCUGGUCCAACAGGUCAUACUUUAGGCCCCUCGUAUUCAGCAGCAUCAUGCUGUUUUCCGGGAACGUGCUGUACGCUUUGGCGUAUGAUCUGAAUUCCCUAACUGUUCUCAUACUUGGCCGGCUGCUCUGCGGGUUGGGUUCUGCCAGAGCUGUGAACCGUCGGUAUAUCAGCGACUGUGUGCCUCUAAAAAUCCGGCUGAAAGCCUCUGCAGGGUUCGUCAGUGCUAGUGCGCUUGGAAUGGCAUGCGGUCCUGCGCUGGCUGGUUUGCUGCAGACUGAAUUUAAGAUCUAUGCAGUAACUUUUAAUCAGAACACCUUGCCCGGGUGGAUCAUGUCCCUUGCUUGGGUUGGCAAUUUGAUUUGGCUAUGGAUUUCAUUCAAAGAGCCAGAUCACUUUGCUAAAGAGAAUGCUGUCAACACACAGUCAUCUGAUUCCGGCCAUGGACGAAAUGAUAAUUUGGAGGGCGGUUUAGCACAGCCUUUGCUCACAGAGGCAAAGGAGAGGCAGGGUGAAAAUGCAGACAACAACGAAAACGACCCCAAAGAGAGUCAUAAAGCAGCAACAUCGAUUGCCGCAGCAUACAGAUUGCUCACGCCAUCUGUGAAGGUUCAGUUAUUGAUCUACUUCAUGCUCAAGUUUGCAAUGGAGAUUCUACUCUCCGAGUCUAGUGUUGUCACUACGUUCUAUUUUAACUGGUCCACGAGCACGGUGGCCAUCUUUCUAGCUGUUCUAGGGCUGACGGUUCUUCCGGUCAACGUCAUCGUGGGAAGCUAUAUCACCAAUCUGUUCCAGGACAGGCAAAUCUUGGUGGCGUCUGAGAUCAUGGUCCUGAUCGGCAUCGCCUCGAGCUUCCACUUCGGCUCCAGCUACUGCGUUGCUCAGUACGUCGUGUCGGCUCUCAUCACGUUCGUAUUCGCCGAGGUUCUUGAAGGGGUCAACCUGUCCCUCCUGUCCCGGGUGAUGUCGUCGAGGCUCUCCCGGGGCACCUACAACGGCGGCCUCCUCUCGACGGAGGCUGGGACGCUGGCCCGCGUCGCAGCGGACAUGACGAUCACCGCGGCGGGGUACCUGGGGCAGAGCCAGCUCCUGAACGCCACCCUGCUGCCGUCUUUGGUGAUCUGCGUAGCCUCCAUCGCGGCGACAUUCGGCACUUAUAACACCCUGUACUGACAAACGGCCCCCUCGAUGCACAUCAAGUUAAGCAUAGACCAAUGCGCGGCGAGGCCAGCUGCUGUUCGAGGCUUUGCAGCGUCGCUGUAAAUGUUAGGCCGUCGCUGCCAGUGCGAGGUGCUGCGUUUGUGGCGUACGGAAGCUUGUGGUAUCAAGCUAGCAAAUGUUGUAGCAACCCCUCAAAAAAAAAAAAGCAAAUGUUGUAGCAGACACACGGUUCUAAAUAAAACUGUACUGAUCCAUCCAGUGCUCCAGAUCGUGUAAGGUACUCGCACAAGGCAACGCGAAGAGCUAAAAGUAUGUAAAGAUUUGGAUAUUUGGAGAGAGGCGCCAAACCGUUUA